AUGCGGCGUUGGAUAUCGAUCCCAUUCGCCAUUCUACUCUUUAUAAUCAGCUUCGGUGCAGCAUUAGACAAGCGUAACUACCAUUCAACCGGCUAUCGUAAAGCAACCAUAUACCCCCGAGACCAGCAAGUGGCUGCUCGUUAUGCACAUUCUCUCCAACGACAUCAAGGUCAGCCUACAGUCUUGAACAAUGAACGACCCGACGGCCUUAUUCCCACCGACAUGGUCCUCAUUUCUUCGCUCGACGGCUCGAUUCGUGCGGUGGAUCGCUUCAAGGGCAUUGUAUAUUGGACACUUCCUGGCCGAGCGUCUGGUGGAACUUUGAUCAAAUCCACUGUGCAGAUACCAGCUACAGCUAAAAAGAUCACUCCCGGCAGCUCGUUAGGUGCACUUGUAGGCAGUGAUGGCAUGGUGGAUGAUCACAACAACAGCGACAACAACAACAAUGAGGACCAUCGUCAAGAGCAGCAUUGGCUUGAGCAAGAGAAGCAUGACCUUUAUUACAUUGUGGAACCCCAUAAUGGUGGUGGACUCUACUUGUACGGUUCUGGCAAACCAUUAGAGAAACUACCAUUUACUAUCCGCGACAUUGUUCACGAAUCACCGUUAAGGACAAGAAAUGGCACAACAUACAUUGGAAGCAAGACUACGCUUAUGCUCGGCAUUGAUCCUCGUUCGGGCGAAAUCCUGCAGAGAUUAGAUCUUGACCAAGAGCAGGAUGCAAUCUAUAUGGCAACUCAGAAGAAAUUACCACCACAUACUAUUUAUUUGGGGUUGGAUGAAUACAACGUUGCUAUAUUUGACAAUGAACGUCAGCGUCGAUGGGAUCUCCAAUACAGCGAAUAUGUACCGAAUAAGCUGGAUUUCGAUGUGCCUGCCAAUAGAAUUGUAUCCGAUGUCUACAUUGCUCCUGGUGCAGAUGGUGCUGUCACUGCUAUUGAUGCUACAACAGGUACCGAGCUGUGGAUUCGAGACUUGCCAAAGCCAGUGAGCGUUUUCGAUGUGUAUCGGCGCCAUGAUUACACGCUUGCUCUUUGCAAGCAAAUCCCACCGAUGACUUUGAGACAAGGAAUUAUUGGAAGGAUGCUGGAAGCGAUGCGUCAGGAACAACAUGGCACACCUACAGCAUACGUUGGAGUACACGAGGGAAAUCUUUAUGCACUUUCGACUGAGAAUUAUCCAUUGGCACAACUUUGGCCAAAAGCACCCGUGUAUCGUGGUUUGCCGGGACGCGAUCCACUUUUGCUUGAGGCAGGCGAUACGGCGGGCGAUGACAACGACAACGAUGAUGAUGAAGAUGCCUAUUGGUCUCAAAAUCCCAAUGGAAUGUGUUCUCCUGGUUCUAAGGAUUAUCCUGUUUGUGCUGUGGGUAAUCAUCCAGUGCUCUUACCUCCUUCAGCAAAGCAAAAAGAUGAAUCAACUCGGCAUGUCGCAUUGUUACCUCCAGCAGAGACACCUCGAUCUUCGAUGCCGUAUUACAAGGAUGAGAUUGGUGGCUUCUUUGUGGAUGGGGCUGGUAAAUUCUGGAAGACUUAUCUACUCAUCCUGGCAACGAUCGCAUACAUUUAUCGUGCUCGACUCUAUCAGCUUUAUAUCAUUUACGUGCCAUGGUUGAUCCAACGCGCAAAGAGACGAUAUAAGAUCUUUUUGAGAAAACGAGCCAAAAAGGCGGCAGCCUUAGCAGCAGCAACAACAGCAAAAUCGGCACCAGAAGCAGCAUUAGUAGAUGAAUCACCAAUUUCCAGGAAUGAGACAAUCAAUCAGAAUACCACCAAGUCGCAAGAGAUACCCGACACGAGAGAGUUAAUAUCAUCAACCGAGAAAGCAUCAUCCAAAGACACUUCACCUUCAUCACCCAAGUCAUUACAACCACAAAAGUCAUCAUCGUUAUCAUCAUCAUCACCUUUGCGAGGAGCUCCACUUAAGGUCACCAAAACGAUCAUUCAGCAAGACACAGAGAAGCAACCCGAAUCACGUGUACUCAAGUUAUCCAACUCAGUGCUUGGAUACGGUAGCCAUGGCACUGUUGUUUAUAAGGGAGAAUUUGAUGGAAGACAAGUUGCAGUCAAACGUCUCUUGAUCGAUUUUUAUGAUAUUGCUUUUCACGAGGUCAAGCUUUUGCAAGAGAGCGAUGAUCAUCCAAAUGUCGUUCGUUAUUUCUACAAGGAAGAAACGGAUCGGUUCCUCUAUAUCGCAUUGGAGCUUUGCUAUGGAUCACUGCAUGAAUACAUGGAGCGUACUUUGUCGGUACCUGAUAUGCGGAUGAUUGACCAAAUGGACCCAGGCGACAUUUUAUACCAAAUCAUCAGUGGUGUGCAGCAUUUACAUUCGUUGAAGAUUGUUCAUCGUGAUAUCAAGCCCCAAAACAUCUUGCUGGCACCUUCCAAGCGGAGCCAAAGCCAAAUCAUGCGUGUAUUGAUCUCCGAUUUUGGAUUAUGCAAGAAGCUCGAAGGUGAACAAAGCAGCUUUCAUUAUACAGCCAUAUCUCCGGCUGGUACGGCAGGUUGGCGAGCACCUGAACUUCUCGCUGGUGUAUUAGCAGAGGCUUCUGAUAGUAAUACAAGCAAUGGCACACAGUUGGCUCAUGGCGACCACAACAACAACAACAACAGCUUACUAUCACCGACCAAAGCAACACGGGCGAUUGAUAUCUUUUCAGCUGGAUGCGUCUUUUAUUACGUCUUGUCAGGUGGUGAUCAUCCUUUUGGUGAUCGUUUUUCGCGAGAAAACAACAUCCUCAAAGCCAAUCACUCUUUGGAUAAAUUACAAGAUAUGGGCGAGGAUGGCGUGGAAGCUAUGGAUUUGAUUGAGCGGAUGAUAUCGCAUGAUCCCAAAUCUCGGCCCAAUGCCGAUACCGUUUUAAAGCAUCCCUUCUUUUGGUCACCAGCAAAACGAUUGGCAUUCUUGCAAGAUGCAUCGGAUCGAUUUGAAGUGGAGCGUCGUGAUCCACCAUCAGCCAUAUUACAGCGCUUGGAGGGGAAUACACAUGAAGUGAUUGGAUACGAUUGGAACCGACGUCUGGAUCGUGUGGUCAUCAAUGACUUGCGCAAGUUUCGAAAAUAUGAUGGUCGUCGUGUACGGGAUCUUUUACGCGUAUUGCGCAAUAAGAAACACCAUUGGUCGGAUCUCGAUGAACCGGUGAAGCAAGUAUUGGGAGAGCCUCCAAACGAUUACCUUUAUUACUUUACAGCCCGCUUCCCUCGACUAUUCCUGCAUACCUAUUACGUGAUCGCUGAAAACCGACAACUAAGAAAUGAAGGUUCAUUACGACAAUACUUUUACUAG